GCUUGGCCGGCGCGGGGACACGACGUGCGUGACAAAACGAACAAUUUUUUUUUGUAGAAAUAAAAUGUCGAAGUGCCUAACAGUAAUUAGUGGAAUUUUUAUUUAAGCCUAAAACAACAUUUUGGUGUAUUCCGUUUGUGAUAGACUAUAGUGUUUGAAAAGGAACUUUAUUCGAGUGUAACAUAGUAGACUUUGGUAAAACACAUUUAUAUUCAUACAGUGUGAUGUCAUUGCAAUAAAUAAACAACUGGAUCCAGUUUUUGAAGCACAACGCGAGCUGUUUGUAGGAAAAAAUAGAAAAAAAUACAGUCGAAAUAAAAAAUACGGGUGUAAGCGGUUUUGUAAGGGAUCAUUAGUUAAAAGUAUUAAAGGUGAUCACCGGUGACGAUAUAACUGCGUCAGUGAUGGUGAUGGCCAGUGGGGGAGGUGGUGGACUGGUCCAGUCCCCACCCGACAUGAUGCACCAUCACAAUAUCAUGGACACCUCGUCACACGUCGAAAUGAUGCCCAAAAAGCUACGGCUCUCCCUGUGCGUGGGUUGUGGUGGUCAGAUCCACGACCAGUACAUCCUGAGGGUGGCCCCCGACCUGGAGUGGCACGCAGCCUGUCUGAAGUGUCAGGAGUGUCGGCAGUUUCUCGACGAAUCCUGUACCUGCUUCGUCAGAGAUGGGAAGACUUAUUGCAAGAGGGAUUAUACUAGGUUAUUUGGUACAAAAUGCGACAAAUGCGGCUCGUCGUUUAGCAAGAAUGACUUCGUGAUGCGAGCUAAGACAAAGAUCUAUCAUAUCGACUGUUUUAGAUGUUGUGCUUGUGCGAGACAACUUAUACCUGGUGACGAAUUCGCGUUACGAGAAGGAGGGGCUUUAUAUUGCAGAGAAGACCACGAUGUGUUAGAAAAGAGCGCGACUGCGAGCAGUGGCACGAGUGGCAACGCAGAGAGCAACAACAACACCACAUUAAGCAACAACAACUCACAUCAUCCACAUGAACUCGGGUCUAUGUCUGAUUCGGGCAGUGAGUCAGGGUCGCAUAAGAGCGGGCGCGCGCGCACUACUGCGGCGGCUGAUGGUAAACCGACGCGAGUGCGCACCGUGCUGAAUGAGAAACAGUUACAUACAUUGAGAACUUGUUACGCCGCUAAUCCCCGCCCUGACGCGCUGAUGAAGGAACAGCUAGUGGAGAUGACAGGCCUCAGUCCACGGGUCAUCAGAGUCUGGUUCCAGAAUAAACGAUGCAAAGACAAAAAGAAAACCAUGCAGCUCAAAAUGCAGAUGCAACAAGAAAAGGUCCCAACUUAUAAUUUGCCACAGGAAGGCCGACGUCUCGGGUACAUGUCCAUGGGAGUACCACUGGUAGCUGGGUCUCCAGUGCGGCAUGAGCCAGCUGGAUCCCUGGCUCUGGAGGUGACCGCCUACCAGCCACCCUGGAAGGCUCUCUCCGACUUCGCGCUGCAUGCAGACCUGGACAGGGCACCGCAACAUAGUGCUGCGUUCCAACAGCUUGUCAACCAGAUGCACGGGUAUGACAUCCCGAACCUGCCACCGCCGCGCGCGCCGCACGAGGACAACUACGUGACCUACCUUGAGAGUGACGACUCCCUCCCCCCCUCCCCCUAGUGCCGUGUCACUUAAACCAAGCACUACGACAGUGCUCAAAACUAUCAACCUAUAAUAGCCUUUAUAGAAAAGAAAAUACUGUUCUAUCUUCUAUGGUGUUUCGUGAGUGGAUAUAGCACCUUCUGGCUUCGAGUGCAGGAGUUUUUAUGAAGAUAAGCUUUCUGAGUUCUUAAGGCCUGGAAAUGCUAUGCAGUAUGAUUUGUUGUUCGUUUGACGUCACGAGAAAAUUGUCUAUAUUGUAUAUACACCAUUAAUGUGAAUUAAGGAUGGCAGUUUGACGUGAGUGAGGAGUUUGAAGAGCCAACCCUAGAUUGACAAUAGCUUCGAAAGAAAAUGUCGAUACUGGGUAAAAAAAGUAAAAAGUUUUACUGUAAAGUCUGCUAAAAAUAUCGCUGAA